CACGUCAUCGUCCAGAGAUCAAGGAUAUAAGAUAUAAUUAUUGUUUCACUAUCAAUACAGUGUUGUGCGUUGUGGUGCGAGCUACCCAGUGUUCAGAAAAACGCGAAACAUGACCACCCAAUAUACAUUGGCCCAAGUCAAGGAACACAACGAUAAUAAAAGCACUUGGAUUGUGAUUCACAACAAUGUCUACGACGUUACCAGUUUUUUAAAUGAGCACCCUGGUGGCGAGGAAGUCUUGCUGGAACAAGCUGGAAAAGAUGGUAGCGAAGCAUUCGAGGAUGUUGGUCACUCAAACGAUGCCAGAGAAUUGAUGGCCAAGUACAAAGUGGGCGAAAUUGUGGAAUCUGAACGUAAACCAGUUAAGGAUAGAAACGUUGAAUGGACCAGCAGCAGCAACGAAGACUCAUCACAAAGUUCAUUCAAGACGUGGAUCAUUCCAGUCACGCUGGGAAUCGUGGCCACCCUCGUCUACCGUUUCCUCUUCCAGGCACACUAAACACAAAAAUUAAUUAAAUUAAUUAUAUAUAAAUGCAUUUAUGGUUGUAGGGAUUAACCGGUAGUGAUUGAUAUAUUGGCAAACACACUGUCCCCAUAUAAGGGACAAUUUAAUUAUUUCUUUGGUACUAUCAACAAGUGCUGAAUAUACUAUAAAUUUUAAAAAAAUUAUUUCAUAUAUCUGUAUGAAUAUUUUAAUACAUUUGUUUUAAUUAUAA